AAAAAAUGUAAUUAUAAUAAUAAAUAACACAACCCCGUUUUUCCCUUUCUCUUUCCCUUUCUCUUUUAGCUUUUCCUCGCCCAGGCUGCUGCUCCUCCUGCUGCGAGAUUCUUUUCAGUGGGCUACAAAUAAAAUAAGAAAAACCAAUGAAUCGAAAAUCAAGCUGCUAUCCCUUGGACCUGCUUAUUGCUAACAUAGCUCUUGCUUGCAUCGAUGGUGCUCUUGCCUCUAUUGCAUUCUCUCAGCUUAUCAGGAUUUUUCUGCGAAAUCAACAAUCUGGAUGGACACGACAAAAAGUACUCCAUCUGAUGGUUGGAUCUUGCAACUUGGGUUACUUCAUCUACUUUAUAUCCACCGUCAUUGCUACUUGUAAUAGGUGGCUUUGCUGGUCUCAUGCGUGUGGUUUUAUCCUAAUGGCUUUUCCCAAUAUUCUGUUUUUUGCAGUGUUUCUACUUCUUCUGUCUUUCUGGGUCGACCUUUGCCAUCAGGCAAAUGAAGAAGAUGAUGAUGAUGAAGAAAAUAGCUCUCAACAGCCUUUGUUGGAAAGUUCAAAGAAUAAACCUAGUUCGACGAACACAGAUAGUUAUUGGAGAUGCUGCUCAUUCCGUGGCAUUCAAGUUGGCAGUCAUCAGAAAUUUGUUAUCGCAGUUGUGGUGUUGAUCUUUUUCUUAAUGCUGUCAUUUGCUGUAGUAAUCUGGAUUGGAGCGGGAAAUAAUCCAAUUGAUUCUUCAAUAGUUGCUCGGGUAUAUGUAGAUCUUUUCGCUACUGCAGUCCUUAUACUGGGAGGGGCUUUGGGUUGCUAUGGUCUUAUCCUAUUUCUUAAAUUGAGGAAAGUAAGGUCUGAGACAGCUUCAUCUGAGAUGCGGAAGGUUGCUGGCCUAGCAGUUGUCUCUGUUGUAUGUUUUACGUCAAGUGCUGUGGUAGCUCUUCUUACAGAUAUACCUCUUCUAUAUCAUUGGAGUAUGAAGAAUAUAAAUGAAGUGAAAACACUAGUUCUUCUAGUUUUUUACUAUUUUAUAGGUUCAUCAGUGCCCUCAGCCUUUGUAUUAUGGGUCAUGAGAGAAUUGCCAGCCCCAGUUACAAAUAUGCAAGCACAAUCAAGAGCAGUAACUUUCAUCAGUUAUGGGGCCGAAGAAACACUAAAUCCUCGGCACUGGGUUGCUGCAACAACUUCAAAGAAUCAGGUGUUAAAAGCAAGUCCAAUAUAAGCAUGAUUACUACACCAGUGCUAAAGAAGGCGGAAAGUGUAGAAAGCUAUUUGUUCCGAGUGGAAGUUCAAUUGUGCAAUAUGAGGAGCCAGCUGCUUCCUUCACUCCUCACGUUUAAAUUACGUACUCCCGAUUGGGUAUCAAUUUUUGACAUCAAUGAUUGUACAUAACUGUUAUUAUAGUAAUCGAGACUAAUGUUUUCGCAA